GGUGCUGCCAUGUCAUCCUCCUUGUCUGUUAGCUCUCAGUUAAAUAAGGUGCUGCGCUCCUACUACCUCAGCCUUCCUCAGGGAGGUCUCUGUCAGGUCACCUAUGUUUGGAUCGAUGGAUCUGGGGAGGGCCUUCGGACCAAAACCCGAACCUUGGAGUCGGAACCCGGAAGCAUUAAGGAUAUUCCAGAGUGGACCUUUGACGGCUCUAGUACAUACCAGGCUGGGAUUACUGACAGCGACAUGAUUCUUGUUCCAGUGUGUAUGUUCAGAGACCCUUUCACUCUGGACCCCAACAAACUGGUGCUCUGUGAGGUGCUCAAGUACAACCGCAAACCUGCAGACACUAAUCAUCGACAUGUCUGUAAGAAGAUUAUGGAGAAGGUGAAGGACUUCCAUCCAUGGUUUGGGAUGGAGCAGGAGUAUACUCUGCUGGGUAUAGAUGGACAUCCUUACGCCUGGCCAACAAACGGUUACCCCAAACCACAGGGUCCAUAUUAUUGUGGUGUGGGUGCAGAUAAGGCCUAUGGCAGAGACAUUGUAGAGUGUCACUAUAAAGCGUGCAUUUAUGCAGGCAUCAAAAUUUGUGGUGUCAAUGCGGAGGUGAAGCCCUCUCAGUGGGAGUUCCAGGUGGGUCCAUGUGAAGGAAUUGAAGUAGGAGAUCAUCUGUGGAUGGCGCGCUUCCUAUUGCACAGGAUAUGUGAAGACUUUGGUGUCAUCGCCACUCUGGACCCAAAACCCAUCCCAGGGAACUGGAAUGGAGCUGGCUGCCACACUAAUUUCAGCACUGAGGCCACUAGAGCAGAAGGAGGGCUUGAGCAUAUUGAGAAGUUCAUAGAAAAAUUACGUGCACGUCAUGUCCAGCACAUCAGAGUCUCAGAUCCUCAUGGUGGUCAGGACAACAAGAGGAGACUCACAGGCUUUAACGAGACCUCCAACAUUCAUGAGUUCUCAGCUGCAGUAGCUAAUCGUGGAGUCAGCAUCCGUAUCCCCCUGCAGGUUGGCCAGGCUAAGCGUGGCUAUUUGGAGGAUCGCCGGCCUGCCGCCAACUGUGACCCAUAUGUUGUGACCGGAGCUUUUGCUCGGACCUGUCUAAUGGAGGAAGAUGAGGAAAAUAUCUUAAAUGAUCUGGAUAUUAAUGAUUUGGAGUAA